AUGGCGUCUUAUGAUGGCCUUGUGUCUACUGUCCUAUGGGCAAUCUUUGUCAUUCAAGUAAUUGAAUUCAGUCAUUCCAACGCUUCAACCAAUGUAAGCUGUAUUGGUGCGGAGAGGGAAGCUCUUCUAAAGUUCAAGCAUGGUCUUACUGAUCCUUCAAGACGCCUGUCGUCAUGGACUGGAGAAGAAUGUUGCAAGUGGGAAGGAGUUGAAUGCAACAAGAAAACCGGCCAUGUCCUGAAGCUUGAUCUUCAUAAUCCAUGUAUAGAAGAGAUCAAUAUUAAAGUCUUUGUACCUUCAAAUAAGUGCAUGCUGGGAGGUAACAUAGUUCUUUCUUUAACUGAAUUGAAGUAUCUGAAAUAUCUAGACCUCAGUGUCAACAACUUUUCAACCCAAAAAAUCCCAACAUUCUUUGCUUCUCUUCAAAAAUUGGAGUAUCUAAACCUUUCACAUGCAAGCUUCAACGGAAAUAUUCCUAGGCAGCUCAGUAACCUUUCCAAAUUACAGUACUUGGAUCUCAGUAUUAACUUCGCUAUGGGUGAUUUAACCUCGAACGACUUUGACUGGGUGUCGAAAUUGUCUUCCUUGAAAUAUUUGCACAUGUCCGGUGUUAACCUUUCUAAGGUCAAAGAUUGGAUUGGUUGCAUUAACAUGCUACCAUCUUUGCAAUCUUUGGGAUUGAGCUUUUGUGGAUUGCAAGAUAUAUCUAGCUCUUUGCAAGCCAAUUUCACAUCUCUUAGAUUUCUCAGUAUCGGGGCCAAUAAUCUAAGUUCUAUUCCCCCAUGGAUCUAUAACAGUAGCAAGCUAGAACAUAUUGAUUUGUCCAAUCGGUAUAAGUUUAUAUUUUUCGAUGGCAUCCAAGGGCCUUUUCCCACAGCAAUCGUCGAGAAUAAUCAAAGGCUGGUCUUCUUGGACGUGUCUUGGAAUUUAAUACGAGGUGAUUUUCCCAAAAAUUUGAGUAGUCUUUGCAACUUGCAAUUAGUACGAUUAGAAGGUAACAACUUAAAUGGGAAUAUCUCCGACAUUUUAGGUGAUUCACUUGGUUGCGCACAAAGUAAGUGGAAGAUCUUUGAUGUUUCCGAUAAUAAUAUUAGCGGCGACAUGCCAAAUCAAUUUGGAGAUUUCAAAGAAUUAGAGUACCUUGAUCUUUCUUCUAACUUGAUUUCUGGUUCUAUUCCUGCUAAUUUGAUGGAGCUAUCGUCUCUAAGAACUCUUGGCCUACACAGGAAUGGCUUUACUGGAGAAAUCCCAAACUGUUUGUCAAAUAUGCCGACAAUAUUUGUCAUUGAUCUCAGCGACAAUGAAUUCACGGGUAGGUUACCGCCAUUUGGGCCACAAUCUCCAGAUUUGGCAAUGAUCAAUUUAGAGAAAAAUCGCUUUGUUGGGGGUAUUCCUCCCCAAUAUUGCCAACUUAAAUAUCUCAAAUUCUUGAGCCUAGCACAGAAUUACAUUUCUGGACCCAUUCCCAAUUGUUUUGACGGGAUCUUGUCUAUGGCUAAUGAGACUAAGGAAUAUUCGGAUGGGAUUUAUGUCGAUGUUAAGGUUAACACAAAGGGAACUAGCCAAAUAUAUGGGAAUACGCUUCGAUACUUCCACUCAAUCGAUCUUUCAGCAAACAUGUUGGAUGGGCAAAUACCAAAAGAGUUUACUAAGCUCGUCAGACUUCAAAAUCUGAACCUCUCUCAGAAUAAGUUGAGUGGAUAUAUCCCCUCAAAUAUUGGUGACUUGAAAAACUUAGAAUCUCUUGAUCUUUCCAGAAACAAAUUGUCAGGUACCAUCCCUCCGGGCAUAUCUAGCAUCGACUUCCUUAGUCAUCUCAAUCUGUCCUUCAAUAGACUCUCUGGCCCUAUUCCGUCUGGCAAUCAUCUACACACCGUGGACGAUGAAUCGGUUUAUCGCGGCAAUGACAGGCUUUGUGGAGCUCCUCUUCUGAAUACUUGUCCUGGAUACGAGCCACCUGGUAGUGAUGGGCGCGACGGUGAUAAUUUCGGAGGAGAUAAGCCUAGCGAAGGUGAUUUGGAUAUCCGCAAUUGGUUCUAUGCGGGAUUGGGACCUGGCUUUACGGUGGGAUUUCUAGGAUUCUGUAGUGUCUUGCACUUCAAGGGAUCUUGGAGGGUCUCUUACUUCCAAGCGAUGGAUAAGGCCAUUGAGAAAUUUUCAAUGACAACAGUGAUCACCAUGCUUUGGUUCAAGAGAACAUUCCCACGACGUAAAAAGGAGCUUGUAUAG